AUGACUUUUGAUUGUAGAUUCAGAGUCCGUAUCUUUAAUACAUUUCCAAAUUUCCAUGCCGCCGGUGUUUUCUUCGGUUGGAUCAACGGUUUCCGUGGUCGGAGUGUUUCCAUAUAUCCAAUAGCUGGUCUCCCUUCAGCUAGUCUUUUGAUUGACGGUCUCAAGCAUAACAAUGCUGAUAUCGCGGUUCUCGUCCCACCCUACGUUGUUGAUCUUGCUAAAAUACGGAGGGUCUAG